AUGCGAAUUUUCCUUUCAGUUGCGGCUGUGACAUCGAAGCGUGUGGUAGUGAUGAACCGAUGCGACCGUGUGUAGGCGCGUGUGUACUACGUGUGUGAUUUACCGAUUUAAGGCUAUUAUUUCAGUGGUAAUGUGUUUUUGAAGAGGUGUUUCGAAUAAAUGGAGUGAAUAAUAUUUUGUACAAAAAUUAAAAAAUAUCAACAUCAAAAUAAAAACUAUUUACAGAAAAGCGAAAAAUAAUAAAAUUUUUAUAUGUUUACCGUGCAAAAGAAAAUUAUUUUACAAUCAACGCACAAGAAGAGAACAUCAAUGCCCCGAGAACGCCAUUGAAAUACAUGAAUUAUGUGAUUGUGCGCAAACAACUAUGACAACAAAUGACACGUAAAGUGAUUUGAUUGAAAUUAUAAAGUGAAAAUUACUAACACAUGCGCCAUAGAAGCAUUUAUGUGCGUAUAAAUAACAUUACAUACAGACAUACUAUAUAUUUAUGUAUGUGUGUAUGCAUGAGUGUGGCAUAGGCCAGCGCAUAGCACUUAAGUUUUAUAUUGAAAAUUGUGCAUUGUAAUAAAAAAGUGUAAAAUAUGGCUGGUUUUGAUGCCGGCGAUGAGGCCAAUACAGAGCUACUAGAGAAACUGAAGCAUUUGGAUGUGCGCGCCAAGACGGAGGAGCGCACUAAUUGCUGGAAAGGCUGUUGGAAAUCGAGUAAAUGGAAAUCGGCGCUAAAUCACAUCGGUUUGCUGGUAUCGCUGUCAAUCUACUGCGGUGUGGGUGGACUGGUCUUCCGUCAACUGGAACGUCCUGCUGAAUUGGAACGUUUGCAGUAUUUGAAGGGUGUUGUAAAGACACAUCGCGAAAAAUUCAUCACGACCAUAUUAAAUAAUACAGAUGUGUUAAAUUUUAACGAAUUAGUAGCGAAGGAGUUAGCAAAAUAUGAGGUGGCCGUGCAGGAAGCCGCCGAGGGUGGUCUACUCAUUCAGGCCGAUAAAGACUUUCCAGAGCCCUAUGAGCGCUGGAGCAUUUUACAAGCUGUGUUCUUCUCAUCGACUGUGUUAACGACAAUAGGUUAUGGCAACAUAGUGCCCGUAACGACAGGCGGACGUGCGUUCUGCAUUUGCUUCGCGCUGAUCGGCAUUCCAUUUACGCUCACCGUCAUCGCAGAUUGGGGUCGGCUCUUCGCGACGGCCGUCUCAGUGCUGGGCAAAUAUAUGCCAAAAGUACCGAACUUUACGAAUUUCAUUGGCAAAACAUGGUUCUACGCCGUUUUGGCCGUUUGCUUUCUGGGCGUCUACUUGGCUGCGGGCGCUUGGUUGUUGCUGCUGUGGGAGGAUGACUGGACAUUCUUUGACGGAUUCUACUUUUGCUUCAUCACAAUGACAACCAUUGGCUUUGGCGAUCUGGUGCCGAAAAAACCAAAUUACAUGCUGCUCUGCACUUUAUACAUUCUCAUCGGUCUGGCGCUAACUUCCACCAUUAUCGAGCUGGUGCGUCGACAAUAUGCCACCAGUUGGGCGAAGCUGCAAGAACUUUCCGGUCCGAUGGCGGAGACAUUGCGGCGUCUAGGCGAAACUGCUGGCUAUGGUUUGGACUACAUGGCCUUGCAAAAAGUAUUAACGGUCUCAAUGCCCAAAUGGAAUACCGGCACGAAGAAGGACAAUGCGGACAUUGCCGCAUUGGAGGCCAUAACCAAUGCGCUGCUCAAAGAAGUGAAAGAGGCACAAGAGAACAAACCAAAAGUGUUAAAAAUAGUCAUUUACGAAACAUCGGUCUAAGCUAAGCAACGGUACUAAAUUACAAUUACAAAAUAAUUAAGUCUAGUUAUAACAA